AUGUCUAAUGUAUGCUUCAUCAGCAUUGAUUGCGGCAUAGCUGUAAAUUUUAGUUAUACUGACAUGAAUACAGGCAUCAAGUACAUUUCAGAUGCAAGAUUCAUAGACACUGGUGAAAGUAAGUCAGUAUGGCCCAAUCAAAGAAAUAACUACACACAGCCAUACUGGAAUCUUAGGAGAUUCCCAGAAGGAACCAGGAACUGCUACAAAAUAAAUGUCACAAGUGGAAUGAAGUAUUUGAUUCGAGCAGGUUUCUUUUAUGGAAAUUAUUACGGCGAUAAUAAGUUACCAGUAUUCGAACUACAUCUUGGAGCUAACUCGUGGGAUAAUGCUCUGGGAUAUAUACCAUUUAUAUCAGCUAUAGAGCUAAGGCCUUUACCUAAUGAGACUUAUCAAACACAAACGGGUUCCUUAGAACUUGUUUCGCGGUAUGACACUGGUCAAAUGGGUACUCGUAGAGGAUACAGGUUUCCAUUUGAUAUUUUUGAUCGCGUCUGGUCGCGUGCAUAUAACGUCGAUGAUUCGGCACAAUUAAGUACACCAUUGACUGUUAACACUUAUUAUCACAAUAAAUACCAUCCACCGUCUUAUGUCAUGCGUACUGCCGCCACGCCGAGAGAUCCAAAUGAUCCUUUGAAUAUCCGGUUGCCACCUUCUAAUGAUAUCAAUGCAGAAUAUCAUAUUUACAUGCACUUUGCAGAAGUUGAAAAGCUCCAACCCAACCAGUUUAGACGGUUCAACAUCACUAGGAAUGGAGACUCCUUUUAUGGGUCAGUUACUCCUAGUUACUUGUACACAGUUACUAUUUCUAGCUCUAAAGCUUUUGGCGGACAACAAAAUAAUUUUUCAAUCUUCAAGGCUGAGAACUCUAGUCUUCCACCCAUACUCAAUGCAUUUGAGAUUUAUAAGGUGAAAGAAUUCUCAGAAUUGGAUACAGACCAAGAAGAUGUUGUUGCAAUCACAAACAUCAAGGAAACUUAUAAAAUUCGGAAAAACUGGCAAGGAGAUCCAUGUUCCCCUCAAGCUUACUCAUGGGAGGGCAUAAACUGUAGCUAUCAUGCUGUCACGCCCCGGCUUGUAAGUUUGAACUUGUCUUCGAAUGGAUUAACAGGGGAGAUAGCUCUUUCUAUAUCCAAUCUGGCAAAGAUACAAACUCUGGAUUUAUCAAACAACAACUUAACAGGUUCAAUUCCAGAGUUGUUGUCUCAAUUACCAGAUCUAAAUUUCAUAAACUUGGAGAAAAACAAGCUUACAGGCUCAGUUCCAGUUGGAUUAAUUGAGAAGAGGAAGAAUGGUUUGUUAUCACUAAGAUAUACUAUAUUCUCAAGGGGGCUUGAGAAAAUGGCUAAGUGCAAUAAGCCACAGAAGAAUGAUCAACAUUCGAUCAAGUACAGGUGGUACCCAAUUGGCCAGGCAUCCUCUCGGCUUGCUAAUUUCGUUCAUGAAAGAUCUGCCGACACAGUUUCUAGAAAAAGUAAUGAGCAAGGGAAUAGAAAAUCGCAGCACAAGUCUCCUGAGAUAUUGAGCACUACUGAGCUCAUCUCAGCGGUUGGCCAGAUAUGGGAUUAUGCAAUCUCGGGAGAUGUCACAAAUGUGAAAGCCACUAUUCAAUUGGGCUCAAUGGAAUCGACAAAACGAAAAUUUACCUACUCUGAGAUACUCAAGAUUACCAACAACUUUGAAAGGAUUCUUGGAAAAGGUGGGUUCGGAACCGUUUAUCAUGGUUACCUAGACAAGACUCAAGUGGCUAUCAAGAUGCUUUCACCGUCAGCAGUUCAAGGAUUUCAACAAUUUCAUGCAGAGGUUGAUCUUCUUAUGAGGGUUCAUCACAAAAACUUGACAAAUCUUGUUGGAUAUUGCAAUGAUAAAACUAGAGUAGGCCUGGUCUACGAGUAUAUGUGCAAUGGAAACUUACAAGAACAUCUUUCAGAUAGUAGUUCAAAUAUCUUGACUUGGAAAGAACGACUUCGAAUAGCAAUAGAUGCUGGAUACUACCUAUCAAGUAGGUUAAAUGAGAAGAGUGAUGUGUAA